CUUGCAUUGUUGCAGGUCGAGCAUGUGGCGAGUGACAACGACUUUUCGAAAGUGAACGCGUGCGUCGAAGGGAAACAGUUUCAUAAGUUCUCUUUCAUUUGGUUGAAUCUUAGUUGGCACACGAUCCUAAAGAUAACUGGAAAUCUCGGAACGAUUGAACAGAAUUGACGAUUUCAAGAGUUGUCGAGUGGCUUGCCCUCCCCCUUCCGAAUGAUGUUUCAUUCAGUGAGCUGGAAGCUGUUGCUUUGAAAAGUUGUUUGUUGGUGCAUACGGGCUCUAGGUAGGCGAAGGGGAAGGAGGCUUGAUCUGCUGCUUCUCUCGCCUACUCCUCCAUUAUCCCUAUAGGCUGACAGUGGGAAGAAAAGAUGUUUGGCUUCCACAAACCGAAAAUGUACCGGAGUUUAGAAGGUUGCUGCAUUUGCAGAGCUAAGUCGUCGAGUUCACGUUUCACCGACAGUAAGCGUUACGAAAAGGACUUCCAGAACUGCUUUGGGUUGCAUGAGGCCCGCUCAGGAGAUAUCUGCAAUGCCUGUGUCCUUCUGGUGAAAAGAUGGAAAAAGCUGCCAGCAGGAUCAAAAAAGAACUGGAAUCAUGUGGUGGAUGCAAGAGCUGGACCAAGCCUCAAAACUACACUGAAGCCAAAGAAGAUGAAAACACUCUCUGGUAGCAGAAUGAAGAGUAAUCAAAUAAGCAAGCUGCAGAAAGAGUUGAAGCGACACAACUCUGAUGCUCACAGCACCACCUCAAGUGCCUCACCAGCCCAGUCACCCUGCUACAGCAACCAGUCUGAUGAUGGUUCAGACACAGAGAUGACCCCAGGUUCCAAUCGCACACCUGUCUUUUCCUUCCUGGAUCUCACAUACUGGAAAAGGCAAAAAGUUUGCUGUGGAAUUAUAUACAAAGGUCGCUUUGGAGAAGUCCUCAUAGACACUCACCUCUUCAAACCCUGCUGUAGUAACAAAAAGUCCACUGCUGAGAAGCCGGAACCACAAGGCCCACAGUCUCCAUCCAUCUCCAACCAGGAAGAGUGGUGACUUCCAUACCUAACUGCAGGCGGUAUACCCCAAACCUCUUGAUCUCUGUAAAGGCUUGAAAGUGACCCUUUGCUCACUUUGGAGGCCGGCUAUGCUGCCAAAAGACUUUUUUCCCCUCCCUCUUUGGAGGGUGUGUAUUACUCCUUCAGUUCCACUAACUCUGAAAUCUCUUCAUAUCCCUUCAGAAAAUACUGUAAAUAAUAUUUAAGGUGAUCUCACAUAUGUAGUCGAGCUGAACGCUGCUGCAAGCCAUCGUGGUUCAGCCUCACUCCCUACACAACUGCUCCUGAAACGAAUGAGCAUGUGGGUUGGUAAAGUCUGUAUGUCGUGUAUAUUUCUGUCAGAGAAGCAAUUCUCACAUUUAGGCAUGUUUAAAUUUAGCAAUUUUUCCCACUCUGUGGAAAACAGCUAUUUGACAGUUGUAACUCUAAAGGCACAGACUUUGGUUCAGAGGUUUUUCCAUUGUAUACAAGACUUCUCUACUAUGUAUAUGUUGUUAAGGUGGGGAGUGCUUAAUUCUUACUACUGAUGCUUCAACAGUGACAAGAUAUCUUGCCUCUCCUGGAUUGCAGGUUAGUGGCUGAUAUUUCUGGCUGAGUGAAUGUGUGUAUUGAGGAUGUGGUUAGAAAAAAACUCUCUUCUGGCGUUCAAAUACCAUGGGUGCCGUAUCAGGUCCAGUGACCACAGAAACAUUUUGGUAAGCUCUGUAGCCCCACCCUCUGCACUGUCCACAAGAACAGCAUUUUUCUGAGGAGAAAAAUGCUGUGCUUGGGUGCAAUUACAGGGAGAUUCUCUCCCCAGUACAGGUUUUUUGGUCUCCUCAGACAAAUGCUAUAAUCGCAGACAGGCUGGGGGCAGAGCUGCAGAGCACAUCAGUAUGAGGUUGGGCCUUGCAGAUGCACUCUCGUAGACACUGUACCAAGGUACAAUGUCAUCGCUUUUUCGACACCUGAAGAGGGAUAAUAAAGUUAGCAACUGCAGUUAACUUUUGAGGUCGGCCAUACCAAGAGGAAAAUGACUUGGCACUGAACCAAGUGGUUUUCAUCUCCACCUCGCCCUCCGUGUGAAGCAUGUGUACAGCUUACGCAUUAAGAUUACAACAUACCCUUAGAGAGAUGGGGUAGUCCAUAGUGUUUGAUCCACACCAGUUAUACUUAUAAUGUUGGCCACCAAAUUAGAAUGAGAUGUGAACAGAAUGUAAAAUAAGUCCUUGUUUCAGUACCAGGUUAGUUAUGCUUGUAGAAGGAAGGACCUUGGAAUGAAAGUUGUGUGUGAUAGGUAAUCACUCCUUUUGAUGUAACUGUGAAAAACUAACACAGUUAGUUUUUAUUCUGCUGUUAUCAAGCUAUCAAAUCUGCAACCCAAUGUGGGAAUGGCAGUUUCGUCAUUAUCGGCAGGAUAAUGGGGAGUUCAGAUAGCCUAUUGUCUGCAGUUCUAAUACCAACAGCUGAAUGAAAAUAACAUGGCAGUUUGCUCUUAAUUUUGACCAGAAAGGCUGAACACAAGCUGUGGAUACACAUACUACCAAAAACUCAGGUUUAAGAUUACUGUUCAUCUCACCACACUGUUUAACUUGGUUCUGAAUUCAAGAAAUAAAUGUAAUAAUUGCAAAACACCCCCACCCCACCCCCAUUAAAAGGCAUAAUCAAAACAAAGAUAGCUCUAGGUGUGUGCUGCAUGUGGUGGCAAAAUAAGGAGUUUAUAUUUCAGUUGUGCUCUCUGUAAAUGUGUGUAUAAAUGAUGUGGCAUUCCUUUAAAAACAAAAAACACCUGACACUGUUGCCUUUUAGGAUUGCCUUGUAAAGUGGAUGAUAUUCCCUGCUGCCCCACCCUGUUCACUAAAUGCAUCUACAUGUCCACAUUUACCAGGAAUGUCUAUCCUUGGUCCUGCCUGCUGCAGUACCCCAAACCCUGUACCAUCUCUCCUUCACGUUUCCCAGAAGUGCCUUCAAUCCUUGUUCCUACUAGUAUGCCCAGCCUCCAACACAGAACUUCACAGGUAAUCCCCUUUCCUGCCAACUUGUCCCUGCCCAACUUGCCCCUUCAUGUGUCUCUAAAUUUCACAAACUUGCCUGGGGUUUCUCAGUCAGCUAGCUUACCUUCCAUUCCCUACCUGGGUAGGGCUGCACAAGCUUGCAUAGGGCUGCUCGCGUGAACAGCCUCAUUGGUUUCUUCUGUACUGUCACCUAAGACUUCUUCAGACAUGCAAAAAAAGGAUGCUGUGCUCUAAAAAGACAAAUGCUGUAUGCAGGGAGGGUGGUGGGUUUUUUUUAAUCAGCACCAGGGUGGGACUUCUGGAUGUGAGCACAGCAUCCCUUUUUUAAAAAAUAGUCUGAAAAGGGCUUUAGUGCCCAGGUGGUUAGGUGUAGCCAUAUUGGUUGUAGGGUUUAAAGACAAUUUAUGACACUUGUUGAAGCUGCAUUUUUCAAAAUCUCCACAAACAUGAGGGCUAAAACCAUUUUAAUUGUGUGAUUCCCAGGACUCUGAUGCCUUGAAUGCCCAAGUAAAAAUUUCAUAGAUAGGACAGGUGAGCAUGUGCCUGCUGUAGAGUUAAAAAUAAUGGGCUCCUCAACUAGUAUGCUGCUGCUUUAGCUCAUACAAAUUUCACAACUUUAUUUGCAUAGAACGAGAAUUUAAACUGGUUUUCUACAGUGCACUACUACAAGCGUAGCUGGGUUUUAUUCUCACUCUUUUAUCUUUUACACUUUUUGUUGAACAAUGAAAUGUCAUGUUACUGUGUCAGAAAGAAAACCUGAAAUACUGUCUUCCUACAUAGUUUAUAGGGUCCAUUGUCCUCUUCCCCUCCUGUUGUAAAUAUGAGAAAUAUUCUAAAGGGAGGAUGAGAGAGAUAGUUUCACUGCAACUCACUAGCGACUUGGCAGUCUUGCUGUGUUGGUCACCUCCGAAGGAUGCGUGCAAGAGUCCACUCCUGGCCAUUUCUUGUCUUCCUGUCUGCUUACAUUUUGUUUUUGUAUUUCAAGGGCCUGUGGUUCUGUGCUAGGGAUGUACACAAAUGUUUCACCUUUAAGCAUGAGUAAAGCAGGUCCUUACCUGCUCCUCUGCUACCUCACCGCGCAGCCUCAGGGCUUCACUCGGCAGCCUGCACACAGUGGUGAGACGCACAUGGCCAUCACACAUGCUGACUCGUGCAGGCUACUGGGUGAAGCCCCACAGCCGUGUGUGGACUUCUGAGUAGUGCAGCUCCGUGGCGGAGUGGUGGAGAAGCAAGUAAGGACCUGUUUUACUCAUGCGUAAGGGUACUGCUCCCUGCCUCGCAGUGCACCUCCCUAUUCUGUGCAUUUACAGCUAGAGUAUGAAAUGAUGUACUAUAAUAUGGCUCAUCUCUUCUACUACUAUAUUUAUUUAUUUAUUACUAGACUCCAACAACAGCAGACUGCUUUCCUCCCCUCUCUCCCUCCUGUGUAGUAAUGCAAGAAGAAUUGUAUGUAGUUAUGCACUUUGUAUUAAUAUAGUAGAAAUCUAUUGAACCUGUUUUUAUACUUUUUUUAAUAUUGUUCAUACACUUGUAAUCCAAACUUGGUUGUUUUUUUUCUGACUAGGGUAACAAAUAAAAUUUUUAGACUUA